AUGCACCACCUCGCUAGCCUCGCGGUCCUGAUUCUUUCACCCUUCAUCACCCAUGCCCAAACCUGGACCGGCUCAGUCCAAGAUCAAUACCCAAUUGCUGGCAAUGUCAUCCUUUUCGGCGUCAGCGGUACCCCUUACAACAUCAGCGCUCCCAACAUUUGGCGAGAACUCACACGUGUGGAGGAAAAGAUCAGCUUCAUGUACGUCGAUCCGGUCGUGAAGGGCGAAGGCAUAUCCACAGAGUGUGACUUUUACGAGACCACGGGCAAUGAGACGUACUACCAUCUCACGCAUUGGCAUUCGCAAAAGGGCUGGACCGCGCCUGGACCCAGUGAUCCGGACGCACCACUUGAUCUGCAGGGGUAUGGACAUGGUGCGGUGGGUGCGUCGAGAUUCCCGAUUGUGUGGGCGGUAAGGUGCGAGGUCUGGAAGGUUGUGUACAGCGCUGGUGCCGCGACUUGA